AUGAGCCACGAUCCAACGAUCUGCCAUCAGUACUUCUAUUGCAGCCAACGUCGGCAUCGCGUCAGGCCAUGCGAGAGACAGAGAGAUGCCAACAGGCAUAACGAGAGGAGCGAGGACGACGAUGAAGACGAGAAUCCUCUGGGAAAAUGGCCUCACGCUCUCAGUUCGACCCUCGCGUGCCUCGGCUGCACUCUGGGACUCUUUAACAUCAGCAGAUUCGCUAUUCUUAGCGUACAGUUUGGAGCAAACUUCAUGAUACAGUUCCUGAUCUUGUCUCUUAUAUUGGGCAUCCCGCUGUUAACACUACAAGUAUGUCUUGGACAAAGAUUGGCGGCCGGUUCCGUAGAUAUGUGGAGUAUAUCUCCGAUUUGUCAAGGCGUCGGAAUAGCCUUGCUCGUUGCGCAGGCAUUCAUCGGUAUCUACAGUAUAGUCGGUGUAUCGUGGAUGUUUGUGUUCUUCAGAGAUUCAUUCAUAACGAAGCAGGACAAGUAUCGAUGGGCGGAGCCGUUUCUUCUCUAUCGAGAAGACAACCGUUUUACACACAACACCACCGCUUCGUACAAAUUACACGAGACUGUUCCGGAUUACUUCAGCGGUGCUGUAUUACAAAGACAUCAUUUGAUUGACUCUAAUCCUGGUGUGGUCACGUUGAAGUUCCAAGUGGCUUUCAAUUUAGCCGUCGUGUGGAUGAUUGUGUUUGUUUCACUGAGUAAAGGACUGAGAUCUUACGGAAAAGUUGUGUACGUUUUCACACUAGCGCCUGUAUUUGGCACGUUAGUCCUUUGCGCGAAACUGAUUGGACUCAUUCCACCGGGCUCGUUCCACCAACUUUUCCCUGCCACUGUUUGGAGCGAAUUCUUUAUUAAUGGGAAGUCAUGGGUGGCUGCCUCAAACGAGGUCUUCCUCACAUGGGGGUUACUCGGUGCAGCCGCUAUGCAGAUAGCAGCUCAUAACAAGCACAAGCAUCUUCUACAGCGCGAUACAAGUCUCGUGGUGAUCUUGACGUUUGUGGUUCUCCUUCUCGCAGCUUUCCUCGCGAAUACCUGCGUACAAAUCCUCAGGCUUCACGGCUACAUCUACACUACUAGUUCUUUCGAGAGAAUAUCAGGGUAUACGUUUAUGAGGCUUGCCAAUGAACCAGCACCGCCAGGAUACAGCACCACGCCAGAAAGAUUCAUGUCUCACGCAUCGUUUCUUCUUGGACAGCGUGUAAUUCGACCUGGCGUGGACACAAGUGCCGAGUCCGGAUACCAGGUGCUACGGUUAGCCACUGAAUUGGUGCCUUCGACACUGGCAUUGUUAGGUACUGAACAGGUGUCACCGUUCUGGGCAAUUCUGUUUUAUUUCAUUCUCAUCUUAUUUGGAAUCGCACAACAGUUGGCGAUCUGGCACUGUGUAAUAACUGGUAUAAUGGCGAUCAAUACGAAAAUGAUGAAGCUCUGGGAAACCACGAUCACGUUUUUCAGCUGCGCUUGUGGUUACAUACUUGGAUUACCUAUGGCUACGGAGAUAGAGCGUACAAUCUUUCAUUCCAGAGAACUGUUAUCAGCUCUUCAUUUUAGUUCGCUCCGGCGCACGUAUUAUAGUAUCGCAAGUGCGUCCGUAUUAAAACGAAAAAUGAGUAAUAACGUUCACUCGGUAGUGCGUCGCAGCGUGCCUUGCUAUUUUUGCAAUGAAUUUUUGGAAGAGAAAUAUUUAACGGAACAUAUAACACAUUGCGCGGCGGUCUUGGAGGAAUGCCCCAACAAAUGUGGGGUUUACGUUCCUCGCAGAAACCUGGAGGUACACGAGAAAAUGUGCGACAAGGGAGCAUCGAUAAGAAACAAUCAAAUAAAGGACAUCCAAGAUUCGGUGUGGAAAGAAAAAGUAUUCUCGAUACUGACCUUAUUGCGUUUAGCUGUCGAUCAGGGAGAAAAGGAGCGGAUUCGUUUGCAGGAUGAUCUCUCUAGGAACUUAAGCCUACUGCAUUCUCAGCAGGAAUCUUUCGCCGCAUUGCAGUUGAAUAUCGAGGAAGCGAUCAAAGAAUUUCGCAGUAAUCACACAUCACUGAAUCGGAGGUUGAAUACUCUGGAGAUGAUCACUGACGAUAUGCAGCAUUGCACUACCUUGAAUUUACGACAAAUCUCUGAGCAGCUAAAAUUACUGGAGGGAGAAUUAACUGACGAGCAAAGUAAACACGUGUGCACGCCAAACAAUUGGUUCCAAGAAUUGAAAGACACGAAGACGUUCGUUGCUAAGGAGAGCGUACGCACGAGCGAUAUAUGGCAGGAACAUUCGCAACGUAUCAACGAUUUGAAAUUGGAAUUGGAAAUGAGAUGUAAGAAUACGAAUGAAGUAAUAUCCAAACAUGAUAUUUUAUCAGAAAAAGUGAAUAAUUUGUCGAAAGAAAUCUGUAAGCACGCCGAGAGCGUGGCCAAACGGAAAUCGGAGAUAAAAGGUCUAAAAUUUCAAAUGAAGGAGAAUCUGAAAUAUAUCGAAGAACUAAUCGUAGAAAAUUGUAGACCGGAACCAUCGUUGAGUUUAUGUUCCUGCGAAGGUGUGGAGAAUGCCUCAACGAAUGGCCAUAUUAUAUGGCGAAUCGAUCGUUACAAAGAAAAGAUGAACGAGGCAAAGGAGGGCGAUCGCGCGCUCUAUAGUCCGAUAUUUCACAACAAGGAAUAUGGUUACACUCUGAGAAUGGAAUUGUUUUUGAACGGUAAAGGACAGUGGAAGGAUCGUCACAUUAUCGGAUGUUUACGCGUAGAGAAUGGAAAGUGGGAUCCCUUGCUAGAUUGGCCCUGUAUUCUUAGAGCUGUCGUCAACCUACGAGACCAAGAUAAUCCUGCAAACGAUGUUAGAAAAAUCGUGAAAACCGUGGGCCGAGAUAAGGGUGACUCGGAUCCCGAUAAGGAAUCUGGACUGUACAUGUUUAUUCCCCAUACUACACUGAGCAGAUAUUCCGGUUAUACUAAGAAUAACUUGGGUAUUUAUGUCGUAUACUAUCUCGAUUAUACCGUCGGUGGUGGAUGGUGGAUAAUAUUUUUGUAUCUAAUACAAAUCGUCGCUUUGUUCGCGGUCCGCGGACGACCACAUUCUGGCGAGGCAGUCGUAGCCGAGUUAUUCUCACCAAAUGGACGAUAUCUCAAAUACUGGGUCGCUCCUCUCCUCUCCUUCACAUGGACCGUUGUUCUCCCUCUUACUUUGAUGGCUCUGAGUAUCAUAGUAUUCAAGAGCGGUGACUUCUGGGAACUGUAUUCUUAUCGUCGGACGAGCAAAGAUUACUGGGUUGUGUGGGCAAGGCAACUCGGGACGGCGAUUCAAUUGACACCGAUACUCAUAAUACCGGUGGUGUCUGUCAUACAGGCGUGUCGAUACUUGAAUAACGGACCACCCGAUAUAUUCGAUAGAAUUCAAUUGCUUUGUCGGCCCAUGGAUUCGGAGGAUCCUCGCGACGCUCAGACUCAAAUUGGAAACGACACCAGCACCAGCUUGCAUGGGAACGGAAUCUUACCCACCGCAACCACGGAGAUACCUUUCGAAGAUCCGCCGCCGAAGUACACACCUCCGCCAAGCUAUACAACGGCGACCGGAGCACGAAUCGCGAAGAUGUUACGGCAGAGCUUCCGACGAAGCGUGCGAAGGAUCGCGAACGUAUUGGGGGAGAGCAGCGCGCCUCGACAAAGACCGGCGUUGCAGCCACCGCCUCCUGAUUAUGCGACCGUCCUGGUGGAGAUGAAUCAGAGUGGCGUACCGCUGUCGCACGAUCACGUCGCAAUCCACGUGUUGUCGGAGCCACGACCAGACGUGACAAAUACUGGCGACAGUCGGCAUAGCGUGGACGUGUCGGCGAUCGAGCGUCGUCAUCGGCCGAACACCAUCGACCGCGCCAGCAAGAUCGGCAUCGCAAGCAGAUCGCGCACGAUCGAACGCACUCACUCGACGAUCGACCGUGGUCGCCGAACGUGUGCGAACGCUGCCACGAAUACCAUGUCCGGUUCGAACUUGACGGCCGCCGACGUGGCGAAUCUACUGCGUAGCAGUAUACGUAGGGGCACCGCGAGGACGCAGCAUUCCUUACGUAGGAGCUUCUGCCACGAGGCACCGACGACGGCGGCGUCCGUCGAAAAUCUAGUCGAAGCCGCUGCACCUAUCGGCGAGGACUCCUUGAUCUUAUCGAAGGACGCCCCUCUAGUCCCUGAUGAACAGAUCGGCGACCGCAAUCGCCUCGACGGCGAGGAUCACGACGAUGGCAACGACGGCGAUGAGAAGAAGACUGCAAGCGAAAUGGAGAGUUCCGUUUCUGUGAUAUAGACUGAUACAUCGGUUGCACGAAAUCGGCAUUUCGGGUCGAGUGACUCCAGCAAUUGACUUUAUGACUCCAUUGCCCCUCCCUCUUUAAGCUGUAAUUUUUACUUGUAAUAUAUAGAUGGAGAGAAGACUUCAUUAACCACAAUCGACGUUUAACGACAAUCGAUAUCGAUGCGAUUUGCUCACAGCC